CAAUUCUUGAUUUAUUUUAUUCAUUGUGCAUAGAUUUUCAUUUAAAGUUAUUACAUUUUCUAUUAUCAUUUGUAAUUUUUAUCUCUGCAAUUGAAUCAAUAAGUUCUCCAUCUGCAGUGCAUUAAAAUUCAGUUGCAUGCAAGAAUCAACAUGCGACAAUUUUGGUUAGUCAUUUCCUUUAUUUAUCUUGCCAUUGCUCAGUCAGAAAUUGACUUUCCUCCUUCCGACCUUGAACUUGAUAAUAACGUUAGUGCUCCUCCAAAGAACAAGACAAAAACGUGGGGAACCAUUUUUCCAGGAACGAAAUGGUGUGGACAAGGAAAUAAAGCUAAACAUGAAGAAGAUUUUGGAAAAUAUCGAUUAACGGAUAUGUGUUGUAAGCAACACGACCGUUGCCCAGAAAAAAUUAAAGGAGGCAUGACCAAAUAUGGAUUAACAAAUAAUGGAUCUACAACUCUAUUAAGCUGUGACUGUGACGAACAAUUCUUCGAUUGUUUAAAAAGAACUCGAACUAUGAGUAGCAAAACAAUAGGAAUUUUAUAUUUUGAUAUCCUUAAGCGACCAUGCUUCACCAGUAACAUGGAUGAUUAUCCUGAUAGCAAUCUGUAUAAAUGGACACAUACAAGGCCAUUCUCUAGCAGCAAAAUCGUUAGAUUUAUAUCAAAGUUAAUAUAAAGACAAUUAAUACUUUCUGUACAAUACUCAUUAUUCUUCGAGUACUAAUCAAGUUUAUCUUAAAAACUACACAGUUUAUACGUUGAUAGAGUGAUUAUUCUCAUGAACAAAUCUUAGAAGUGUGAUUUUCUUCCAAAUGCCUAAAGCAAUAAGUUAUUUAUUUUAUAAAAAAUUUAUAGUGUUUUUAAAAAUAAAAUAUAAAGAUAUCUUUAAAGUCUAUAAAGUUUCAAAUGGAAACUUGAAUACAGUUUUUAUAAUAAUAUUUCAUCAGCUCUUCGAUUGAAUAUUUCUUCA